CCUGGGGGCAGGAAGGACAGAGCAGCAAGAUGGCCAGUAAAACCAAGGCCAGCGAGGCCCUGAAGGUGGUGGCCCGGUGCCGCCCCCUCAGCCGGAAGGAGGAGGCUGCUGGUCACGAGCAGAUCCUGACCAUGGACGUGAAACUGGGCCAGGUGACCCUGCGGAACCCUCGCGCUGCCCCAGGGGAGCUGCCCAAGUCCUUCACCUUUGAUGCUGUGUAUGAUGCCAGCUCCAAGCAGGCGGACUUAUAUGAUGAAACCGUGAGGCCCCUGGUAGACUCGGUGCUUCAGGGUUUCAAUGGCACGGUGUUUGCCUAUGGCCAGACGGGCACCGGCAAGACCUACACCAUGCAGGGGACCUGGGUGGAGCCCGAGCUGCGCGGGGUCAUCCCCAAUGCCUUUGAGCAUAUCUUCACCCACAUCUCUCGCUCCCAGAACCAGCAGUACCUGGUCCGGGCCUCCUACCUGGAGAUCUACCAGGAGGAGAUCCGGGACCUGCUCUCCAAGGAGCCUGGCAAGAGGCUAGAACUGAAGGAGAACCCAGAGACCGGUGUCUACAUCAAGGACCUCUCCUCCUUCGUCACCAAGAAUGUCAAGGAGAUCGAGCACGUGAUGAACCUGGGGAACCAGACCCGGGCGGUGGGCAGCACACACAUGAAUGAGGUCAGCUCCCGCUCCCAUGCCAUCUUCGUCAUCACCGUGGAGUGCAGCGAGCGCGGCUCAGAUGGCCAGGACCACAUCCGUGUGGGCAAGCUCAACCUGGUGGACCUGGCUGGCAGUGAGAGGCAGAACAAGGCCGGCCCCAACUCCACCGGAGGGGCGGUCACACAGUCCACGGGUAGUGGCGGCGGUGGCGGCGGUGGUGGUGGUGGUGGUGGUGGUGGUGGUGGUGGUGGUGGAGAGAGGCCUAAGGAAGCCUCCAAAAUCAACCUCUCACUGUCUGCCCUGGGCAACGUGAUCGCUGCUCUGGCAGGCAACAGGAGCACCCACAUCCCCUACCGGGACUCCAAGCUGACCCGGCUGCUCCAAGACUCUCUGGGGGGGAAUGCCAAGACCAUCAUGGUGGCCACUCUGGGCCCGGCUUCUCACAGCUACGACGAGAGCCUCUCCACCCUGCGCUUUGCCAACAGGGCCAAGAACAUCAAGAACAAGCCCCGGGUGAAUGAGGACCCCAAGGACACGCUGCUGCGGGAGUUCCAGGAGGAGAUCGCCCGCCUGAAGGCCCAGCUGGAGAAGAAGGGGAUGCUGGGAAAGCGGCUCCGGAGGAAGAGCAGCCGCAGGAAGAAGGCCGUGUCAGCCCCCGCCGGGUACCCUGAGGGGCCGGUGAUCGAGGCCUGGGUGGCUGAAGAGGAAGAUGACAACAACAACAACCACCGCCCGCCCCAGCCCAUCCUGGAGUCAGCCUUGGAUAAGAACAUGGAGAAUUACCUGCAGGAGCAAAAAGAGCUCCUGGAGGAGGAGAAGGCAGCCAUCCAGGAUGACCGCAGCCUGGUGAGCGAGGAGAAGCAGAAGCUGCUGGAGGAAAAGGAGAAGAUGCUAGAAGACCUAAGGCGGGAGCAGCAGGCCACAGAGCUGCUCGCAGCCAAGUACAAGGCCAUGGAGAGCAAGCUGCUCAUCGGAGGCAGGAACAUCAUGGAUCACACCAAUGAGCAGCAGAAGAUGCUGGAACUGAAGAGGCAGGAGAUUGCAGAGCAGAAACGCCGUGAGCGGGAAAUGCAGCAGGAGAUGAUGCUCCGUGACGAGGAGACCAUGGAGCUCCGGGGCACCUACACAUCCCUGCAGCAGGAGGUGGAGGUCAAAACCAAGAAACUCAAGAAGCUCUACGCCAAGCUGCAGGCGGUGAAGGCAGAGAUCCAGGACCAGCAUGAUGAGUACAUCCGCGUGCGGCAGGACCUGGAGGAAGCGCAGAAUGAGCAGACCCGGGAGCUCAAGCUCAAGUACCUAAUCAUCGAGAACUUCAUCCCCCCUGAGGAGAAGAACAAGAUCAUGAACCGGCUUUUCCUGGACUGUGAGGAGGAGCAGUGGAAGUUCCAGCCGCUUGUGUCUGCCGGAGUCAGUAACAGCCAAAUGAAGAAGCGGCCAACGUCUGCAGUGGGCUACAAGAGGCCUAUCAGCCAGUAUGCUCGGGUUGCUAUGGCAAUGGGGUCCCACCCCAGGUACAGGGCUGAAAACAUCAUGUUUCUGGAGUUGGAUGUGUCCCCUCCAGCUGUCUUUGAGAUGGAAUUCUCUCAUGACCAAGAACAAGACCCCCGUGCGCUACACAUGGAGAGGCUCAUGCGCUUGGACAGCUUUCUGGAAAGACCUUCCACAUCUAAAGUUCGAAAGUCCAGGUCCUGGUGCCAGAGUCCUCAGCGGCCUCCACCCUCUACCACACAGGCCUCACUGGCCUCCGCUGCUCGGCGCCCCACAACAGUGCUAGACCAUGAGUGACAGCCUUCAGUCAGGCUGCCCAUCCAAGAGCCUCCUGGGAUGGGGAGCCAACCCUGGAUCAUCUCACCUGACGCUCAGUGUGUGUGCGUGUGUGUGCAUGUGCGCGUGCGUGUGUGCGAGGGGGUGAGAGUCUGGCAGACCAUGCGUCAGCCUGCUCCUCUUAGCCUCCUUUAUUUAAUUAAUGUUAUUUAUUUGUGGAGCUCAGUUGUUGGGGGGAGAUGCCCUCGCCUGAGCCCGCCGUGGUCACUGCAUAGCCUCCUUUCCUUCUGACUUUAGACGCCCCCCCAUGUCAGACCUCAAGCUCCUCCCUGUCAGCUGCUCCCAGAAGGGAAGGUAGCCAGUGCCUGGGAAGAGAGUACUUUUUCUUCCUGUCUCACUCCAUAAUCCAUCUCCUCCUACGCUGAUGGUGAGCAGUUCCUAAGCACUUUCUGGGACUAGAAAAAUGCUAGAUGUCUACAAAGGACCAGAGAUGUCCUGCCAGUGUUGGGCCUAUGCUCCCAGUGAAAAGAGCCCUACACUUCACUUUCUGGACCUCAGAUAACCUCUUUUGGCCUCUUGGGCUCCUUUUCAAGGACUUAACAUGACCUCACCGACACAGCCCAUGCUCUUCGGCUUUGGCAAGAACUCGUGGCUUACCAACUCUGCUUCCUGGCCACCUUCCCAACCUUUGGAUGGGAAUUGUGAACCAGACGGUUGCUGCCUCCUCAGGACCUGCAGAAAAUGAAACAGUAAUGGAGACAACAUGGACAGUCAUCAAAGGAAGUCCCUUCUCUGAGUCCCUUUGUUUCUGUCCCCUUGGAGAAGUAACUUGGGUCAACAAGUGAUCAAGCCAACUGCCCAUUUUUGAGAUGCUGCUCCUUCCUGCUUUGGUCAUUUUCCUCUGCAGCUGCCUGGAUCCCAGUUCAUAGUGGGAGGAAUCAAUGUCAUUCUCCCCCUGGCUACGCAAAGGUAUUGGAAUCUGUUGCUUCCCCCUUCAUUUAGCACAGGCAACAGAGACCCAGGCACAAUCUGGCAGCUUUGCUUAUUACUCCUGUUUCUGCAUCACAUUUGUUGAGCACUAUUUUGUUGAAAACGGAUCCUUUCUUCAGCAUUGUGAAAAUUGGUCCCUACGGAAGUACUCCCCACCUCCUUCUGUGACAUCCCAAGAUGUCUCCAGGUAUCUCAAGUAAUAAGUAAAUUUCUACCAAAAAAAAAAAAA